AUGGCGCCCGCAUCGGCCGCCAACUCCCAUCCGGCCGUGGACAUGGCCUCUUUCCUGGCCAACUUGCAACCCGAGAAUCGACACGUUUUCCUCGAGCCGAGUGCCUCUCUCCCAAGCGACUCGCUCAGCAUUGUCAAAGAUACCCUGGAAGCAUUUGCCGCUCAGGUUGGCGAUGCGCAGCAGGAGCGGUUGAGAGAGAGCAGAAAGAGGAAGAGAGGAGGGGAAAAGGUUGCCGAUGUCUUGAAACUGAGAAGAGUUUAUGUAGAUGGUUUUGAGACGGGCCAGGUGUGGCAGCAGGCGAAGAAAAUUAUUGGAGGCGUGUUGAAGUUUUCAGAGGGCGUGGUGGAUGAGCUGGAGGAAAAUGAGGAGGUUGUUGCGCUGGGGGUUGAUUCUGAGGAUGAAGAGGGCGAGAUUAAGAGUUUGACGUUUGGUGAAGAUGGGUUUGAGGUUGAUUCUGAUUCUGAUGAGGGCGAGGAUGGGGUGGGUGGCGUGGAUGAAGAGGAUGAAGAAGAGGAUGAAGCUGAAGAAGACGAAGAUGAGGAUCUGGAUGCAGGAAUUGAAGAUGGACUGGAGAGCGACGGAGAUGACAAAGAGGAAGAGGUCAGGUCAGAAGAUGAAGAAGACGACGAGGACGAGGCUGAGGAAUAUGUCGAGGACCCCAAUGGUCUCAAUGACGGCUUCUUCUCUAUCGACGACUUCAACAAGCAGACCCAGUGGUUUGAGGACCAAGAUGCCAGAGGAGACCCAAACACAGACCACGCCAGCGACGAUGAAGACAUAGAUUGGACCGCGGAUCCCAUGGCCUCGUCAAACUCCGAUGCCAAGUCAUCAAAGAAGCACGGCAACGAGCCCAUCGACGAUGAGGAAUCUGAUGAUGACGAUGGCCCCACGUUCGGAGACAUGGCACUUGAUGCGCCAGAGGGCGCCAGUGAUGACGAAGCCAUGGCAGACGAAGACGAAGACGAUGAGGCUGACGGUUUCAACGCCAACGGAGUCUACUACAAAGAUUUCUUCGCACCCCCCUCAAGAAAGAACAAGACCGGCAAACCUCUGAAAAAGAAGGAGGCCCAUCUCGCGCCUCAGCAACCCAACGAAGAAGACAUGGAAAGGGCCAUGGCCAACGUCAAACGCGAUCUCUUUGAUGAUGAGUCAGAAAAUGAAGACUCGGACGAUGCCCUCUCCGACGUGUCAGCUGGUGACCCCAAAUCAAGACGCUCAACCCACGAACGGCGGCAAGCAAAGCUCGCCGAAGAAAUCCGCAAACUUGAAGCCGCAUCCAUAGCCAAGCGCGAAUGGACGUUGUCGGGUGAAGCCGCGGCCGCGGACCGCCCCAUGAACUCCCUUCUCGAAGAAGACGUGGACUUUGAGCACGUCGGCAAGCCCGUCCCCGUCAUCACCCCAGAAAUCAGCGAGUCCAUCGAAGACCUCAUCAAGCGGCGCAUCCUGUCCCAAGAAUUUGACGAGGUACUCCGCCGCCGCCCGGACACAGACGGCCUCCCCGCUCACACGCGCCGCGGCCUCGUCGAGCUCGACGACAGCAAGCCCAACAAGAGCCUCGCCGAGGUCUAUGAGGAGGAGCACAUCAAGAACACCAACCCAGACACCUACGUCAGCAAGUCGGACGAGAAGCUCCAAAAGGAGGAGAAGGAGAUCGAGGCCAUGUGGAAGGACGUGUCUGCGCGCCUCGACGCCCUCUCCAGCUGGCACUACAAGCCGAAGCCAGCAGCGCCCCAGCUCAGCGUCGUCUCGGACGUGGCCACGGUCGCCAUGGAGGACGCCCAGCCCACGACGGCGCAGGGCGUCGCCGGCGAGUCGUCGCGCAUGGCCCCGCAGGAGAUCUACAAGGCCGGCGCGGACAAGGCCUCGGUCGCAAAGGGCGAGGUCGUCACCAAGGCCGGCCUGCCCGUCGCCCGGCAGGAAAUGUCGCGCGAGGACAGAGCCCGCCGCCGCAGGCGCCACAAGGAACGCGUCCGCAAGGCCGGCGGCGCGGACGCCCAGAGCGACAAGAAGCUGGGCACGAGGGCCAAGAUGCAGCGCGACACAGUGGCCGAGCUCAAGAAGGGCGGCGUCAAGGUCAUCAAUCGCAGGGGCGAGAUUACCGACGUCGAUGGGAACAAGGCCAAGCCCAAGAAGGCCGUUACCAGCGGCAGCUUCAAGUUGUAA